AUGCAACAGACUAACGUGCUUCUAUGGACUACCGAGAUGGAAAUCAAGGACAGCAACGUUAAGUUGCAAGAGUUCAGAACACUGCUUGACAAUGGAUCGCAAUAUAACUUUAUUACUCAGCAUUGUAUAUCAGCUCUUGGACUAACUACAACACACCAUACUACCAAAUUAAGUGGUGUAGGGUCACUAUCAUCUUACAGAGAAGCAGUAAUAACGUUGCAAAUAGUGUCAUGA